GCCAGUCGAGUUUUUCCCCUCGCCGAGCUCACUCUCUCUCAUCCUCUGUUCUGACUCUCUCGCACGCGCUCUGCCUCAGCGGACAGACGAGACCUCUCCUCUCUUGUCUUGCUCCUCUUCUUCUCUCCCUCUUAUAUCAUAGCAUCCUCUUCCUUCAUAUUUUUAUUUUAUUUUUACAUUUCUCCCUCUUUCUCCCCACCCCCCCUUCUCUCGUGCCAGGGGCAUUAGUGGGGGUCCCAGAGAGAGAGAGUGUGUGUAUGUGCGUGAGUGAGUGAGUGUGUGUGUUGGGAGGUUUCGGCAUGGAAGCAGUGGCACUGUAUACGUUUCGUGCCACAGAGGGUGAUGAACUCAGCUUCAACAAGGGAGACUUGCUUAAGAUCACCAACAUGGAGGAUGAUCCUAACUGGUACACAGCUGAGCUCCACAACAGAAAAGGCUUUGUGCCAAAAAACUACAUCAACCUGCGGCCACACGCCUGGUUUGCCGGCCGUAUAUCUCGCGGCGUGGCAGAAAGUCGACUAAGACACAGGGAGUGCGGGGCUUUUCUGGUCCGAGAGAGUGAAAGCGCUCCUGGAGAGUUCUCCAUGUCCGUCAGUUAUGGGGACCAUGUUCAGCAUUUCAAGGUGCUGCAGGAUCGCUGCUGUCAGUACUACGUGUGGGACGAGCUCUUCUCCUCUCUCAACGAGCUGGUGGAGUUCUACCAUAGCAACAGCAUCGCUAAGGAGAGGACGGUCUUUCUGAGAGACCCCGAGCACUUCGCCAGGCGUCCCCAUCACGCCCACGCUCUCUUCGACUUCACUCCCCACCAUCCAUCCCAGCUACGCUUCCUGCGCGGAGAUGUCAUCGAACUCAUGGACUGCUCCGAUUCGCUGCGCUGGAGGGGCCGUUGCCACGGACACGUGGGAUACUUCCCCCCGGAGUACGUCCAGCCCAUUUACCACUGCCAAUGACCUGACGCGUCAUAAAACACAUCCAUUCCCACGGGUUCAUCAAGGAGCCGCCCCGACCCAGCCCCUCACACCGCUCCCCUGCUGUGCACUUGCCCAUUCACUUUUGAAAGACUGACGUGACCGAUGUGAUGCCCCCCGUCAAUCACAAGCCUUGCCCAAUCAGCUGCUACAAGCUCAUCAAUCACUUCCGCCUCAUCCCACAACUCUGCUUACUCUUUAAUCAUGUACAAAGUAAAAGAAGAUAUGGACCUAUACACUGUGGAGAACUCACAUACACACACAGACGGACAAUCCUUCGCACACAUCUCCAGGCAUAAUCAUCAUUUAUAAGUGCUUAUCAGCACCGGUGCAGGCUUAAUAUAAGCAACACGCACACCUGAGGAGGAAGGAAACAAGUGUGUGGCCCAUGGAAGGAUGUAAGUGAAUGGCGAGGUGUUCCUCCGCUGAAUAUGAGUCAGGGUUUGCUCCCGUAUUUUGCCGCCGUUCCCGUAAAGAGAUCCGCUGAGCUGAGCAGAGACACAGAGAGUCAUUGUGUUGUGAAUAUUUGGGCCAGACACUCUGAGGAUACUGACAAAGCAGAUUCCUCUGUCGCUGGGCGGGUGUGUGUGUGUGUGUGUGUGUGUGUGUGUGUGUGUGUGUGUGUGUGUGUGUGUGUGUGUGUGUGUGUAUAAUGUGGGUCUGAACACAUGUAUGUUUAUUGUGUGCUAAGGGAAAGUGAAUGCAUGUGUGUAUGAGUUUGUGUGUGUGCAGCUCUGUGCAUCAGUAACGGUUACUGCGUUAAAGUGAGCAGACGACACUUUGUAUUAAAUUACACAGCUUAAAAUGUACUAUGCUCAACUCGAUUCAUGAAUAAUUUGUUUGUUUGUUUCCAUGUAUUUAUUCUUAUUCAUGUGUAAUCUUAGAAUACAUAUAUUACAAGUGAGAAAAAAACAUUGUGAAAAAGUUUUGUUUCUGUUGCAACAAAUAGGUUAAGAAAAACACAUUUUAUGUGAUUUACAGUGAGAACUUGGACCGAUCUUCUGUAAUAUGUAAUGACACAUCAUUUAAAUAAAGUGAAAACAUUUACCUCUU